AUGCAAAUCUCUACCAUCAUCAGCAUUCUCGGCGCGACUUCUGCCGUCUCCGGCCUCGCAGUCCCCCGCUCAGCUCCAGCCCCGGACGUUCACGAAAUCUCUACCCUUGGUUGCAAGAUCACGCUCGGUUACGGCUACGGCUGCAGCACCAAAGUCGCCGACCCCACCACUCCAUCCAAGCGCGGCGAAUACUUCCUUCCUGAAGCUCUCCGGAAGCGGGGCUGCAAUAUCACCCUGGGCUAUGGAUACUCGUGCCCCUGGGCAGUAGAAGGAGAGGAAGAACAGCCAGAGGCAGAAGGAAGCGCACCCACUACUCCCACCAAGCGCCACGAAGACUCUCUGCCGGAAGAUCUCCAGAAGCGUGGUUGCGAGAUAGUACUGGGUUACGGUUAUAAAUGCCCCUUCGACGUGGAGGUGCCGGAGCCCGAGGAGCCCGCUCCUGUCACUGCGGUGAAGCGCAGCGAUGAAGGAGCUCUUCAUAAACGGGCGUGGUGCAACAUCUCUCUUGGAUAUGGAUACGGAUGCAAUGCUUGA